AUGGUGUAUUAUGAUGACCUAGAAACCUGUAAUCCACUUGGAUCAAGGGCAACUAAACAUAAACUUGGUAAUUUGGGAAUGCAUUAAUAAUGAGUAUAUACUUGCACAAACUGUUGUGCUCUUCAGAAUCUAAAUUGAGGCUAUAUUAUUCAGAGAAUGCAUACGGCUAUACCACCGAAACUGUAAAAAAUGAGAAAAUUUCAUAUAUUUUCAGGAGCCUUUUACUACACUCUUGGUAACAUUGAACCUAUGCAUAGGUCAUCAGAAAAGGCGAUCCAACUUCUAUGCUUAUGCAAAACAUUGAACAUAAAGAAAUAUGGGAUAGACGCUGUUCUUCAACCAUUCAUGGCAGACUUACAAAAGCUAGAACAGGCAAAUAUAUCUACAAUCAAUGAGUAAUAGUGUAUUCAUAAUUUCUUUCAUUGCCAGUACUGUAGCUGAGAAUAGUAACCUGCAUGUAACCUGUUAGGGACGCCAAAUGUAUAAUUCAAGUAUUCCAGAAUAUAUAAUCAGUUUUCUACACAUUUCAGGAUGAAGGUCACGAAUUCCAUAUCAAUGGUUCAGUGAGGAGGUUCCGUGGAUCAGAGGGUUAAACUAAUUUAAGCAUUAUUAUUUGCAUGGCAAAGGACUCAGAUGGUACUCUGUCUUAAUGCCGGCCAGGACAAUAUUUUGGUUAAUAUUAGCUUAUCUUGAUAUAUAAUCACCUUAGAUCUGAUAUCAUCAUCAAUUCCAAGGCAGUGACGGCAAAUACAAUGUGCCUGACAACCCUCUUUGAAACCUCCUAAUAAUUGAUUACCUUAGAUCUGAUAUCAUCAUCAAUUCCAAGGCAGUGACGGCACAUACAAUGUGCCUGACAACCCUCUUUGAAACCUUUGAGCCAGGAUAAUCACCAGACGCAUAAUGACAAUGGUAAAUAGUUUUGCCAACCCAAUUAAGUUGCAAUAGCCUACCACAGGCAAGUAAAAUGUCUGCUGUUAUAGAUAGAGAAAAUUUAAUCGUCUUGCAACCGAGCAAAAUACUAUUAAAGUGAUGCAUGUUACUAAUGGCACAUUGCCACAUGAAGGGUUAAUUAAACUUCAAACACAUAGUAUGCUGUUCAAACUUAUCUUUAAUUUUUAGUUUCAUGAGAAAUAUUUUGUGCUGCACACAAAAGAUGGCUACGACCAAUGCUGUGACCAAGUUUUGGCAUUUGGUGAACACUUUAGCAAAACAUAUGGCAUAAACAGAAGAUCUAUUCUCAAUGAAAGCAGAUUUUUUCAUGUUGUUGGUCGCCUACCUACAGAUGCCAUGCAUGAUAUAUUAGAAGGUGUCUUACAUUAUGAGAUGAAAGAGAUGUUGAAAGAUUUCAUCAAAGUCCAUCACAUGUUCACCUUAGAAGAUCUGAAUAGCAGAAUCGCCAGAUUUGAUUUUGGAUACUACAAUGAUAAGAACAAACCUUCGCCUAUUACGGAACAAAAAUUAUCAUUAAAUGAUCACAGUCUAAAACAACAUGGUUAG